AUGCCACCCAAAGGAAAGAAACCCGCGCCCGCGCCUUUUCCACAAGGAAAGGCCGGUGCCAGCAAGAAGGCUGCGAAGAACCCUCUUCUCGAAAAGCGACCUCGAAACUUCGGCAUCGGUCAAGAUGUCCAGCCCAAGCGCAAUCUGUCUCGUAUGGUCAAGUGGCCAGAGUACGUCCGUCUGCAACGGCAGAAGAAGAUCCUGAACAUGCGCCUCAAGGUGCCACCUGCGAUUGCCCAGUUCCAAAACACCCUCGACCGAAACACCGCCGCCCAGACCUUCAAACUCCUCAACAAAUAUCGCCCCGAGACCAAGGCGCAGAAGAAAGAACGUCUGCAUCAAGAAGCCACUGCCGUCGAGCAAGGCAAAAAGAAAGAGGAUGUCUCCAAGAAACCCUACACCGUCAAAUACGGCCUCAACCACGUUGUCGGCCUGAUUGAAUCCAAGAAAGCCUCGUUGGUCCUGAUCCCCAACGAUGUGGACCCGAUCGAACUCGUCGUUUUCCUCCCCGCUCUAUGCCGCAAGAUGGGCGUCCCCUACGCUAUCAUCAAGGGCAAAGCUCGCUUGGGAACCGUCGUGCACAAGAAAACUGCUGCCGUCUUGGCUCUGACGGAGGUGAAGGGUGAAGAUAAAGCCGAGCUCAGCAAACUUGUAUCGACGAUCAAUGAAGGCUACACGGCCAAGUAUGAAGAGCAUAGACGUCAUUGGGGCGGUGGAAUUAUGGGCGCCAAGGCAGUCGCGAGGCAAGAGAAGAAGCGCAAGGCUAUUGAAGGGGCGAUUAAGAUCUAA